AUGGCUGGACCCAAGGUCAACUUCUCAGCUCCGACGCCGGUAGUCAAUGGCGAUCCGAACAACCACAUCCAAGUCACGUCAGAUAGAAUCAUCGUUGGAGUGGACUUUGGCACUACAUACUCCGGCUUCAGUGUAGCAGCAGCAUACAGCGCGACCCCAGACGACAUCGAAAUCAUCAAGACAUGGCCUGGAGGCAAUGGCAUAACCUCCGACAAAGUCCCCACCGAAAUCGCCUACGAAGUCGCCGACUCACCUGCUACCGCAAACACCACACUCACCCCCGAGCAAGGCGGCGGCUCCAAACCCACCAUCUCCCGCAUAAAAUGGGGCUUCCAAUUCAAACCCGAAGAACCCCGUCUCCGCUGCAUAAAGCUCUUCCUCGACCGAAACCAAAAACUGCCGCAUUUCGUCAGUCCACUGGACACAGCCGCCCAUCUACGAUCCUGUGAUCGCACAGUCAUGGAUGCAGUGAGCGAUUAUCUGCAACAAAUAUACACACAUACCAUGGAAACGCUAAACAGACGAUACGGAGAGACUUUUAUGGCAAUCACAAAAGUGGAAUUCGUACUCACGGUUCCCGCUGUAUGGUCUGAUUCUGCGAAAAACGCAACGUUGCAGGCAGCGGAAAAGGCGGGUAUGGGGAGUAAACAUGAACUGAGAUUGAUCAGUGAGCCCGAAGCUGCUAUGUUGCAUGCACUCAAAACCGUGCAACCGCAAAAUCUCAAGGUUGGGGAUAACUUUGUCAUCUGCGAUGCUGGAGGCGGUACUGUGGAUUUGAUCGCCUACAAAAUCACCAAUCUCUCUCCCUUACGAGUUGAAGAAAGCGCAGUAGGCACCGGCGGCCUCUGCGGAUCAGCAUUCCUGAACUAUCGCUUCGAAGAACACGUCAAGGAUCGACUAGGGUCAGACGCCUACACCCUCAUGCGCACCAAAAAGCCAAAAACCUGGAUGAUGGGACUAAAAUACUUUGAAGAAUUCGUCAAACGCAAUUACAACGAAGACGAGGAUACAGAAGUCAAUGUGCCGUUUCCGGGCUUACCUGAUGAUGAGGAAGCGGGUGUAGAUUCAGGCUUUAUGGUUCUGGAAGCUGAGCAGGUCAAGCAGAUUUUCGAACCCGUGAUUCAGGAGGUGGUCAAGUUGUUGGAGGGGCAAGUCAAUGGGAUUAGAGCAAAGGGCGAUGUGGUCUCGGGCAUUAUUCUGGUUGGCGGCUUUGGACAGUCAAAUCAUCUUUACAAUAGGUUGAAGGUGCAUUUCAACAGUCCGAGGCCGAUAGCGCCGCCUGAGUAUUCAGAGACUGAGGAGGCGUUGGUGCAGGGGCGGCAUGUCGAGUUUCCGCCUGUGGAAGUCAUUCAACCAUUGUAUGCCUGGACGGCUGUAGUCAGGGGUGCGGUGAUCAGAGGCUUGGACGACAGCAUGGUUUCCUCUCGCCGCAGCAGAUUGCACUAUGGUACUUCAUACGCCACGGUCUACGACGAGACGAAACACGACAUCGCCGAUCGCUAUUGGUCGCCAUUGUGGGAGCGCUGGAUGGUGUCGGAUCGCAUGCAAUGGCACAUUUCAAAGGGCACUGCUAUAUCCCCCUCCACCCCGAUAUCCUUCCACUACACACGCAACUUCCGACCCCAACAAUCUCUGCUUGUCGAAGACGAACUCAUCGCCUGUGGUUCUGAUUCUGCUCCCUCUUCGCGCACAAAAACUCUGUCUACAGUGUGUACAUUGCGCACUGAUCUUGCUGCAGUCCCUGAAGAGCUGUUUACGAAGCUCAAAACGAGCAAAGGGCAGGAGUUUUUGAAUCUGGACUUUGAGUUGGUCAUGAGGAUACUCAGUGCGGAUUUGGUGUUUGAGUUGAGGGUGGGGGGCGUGGGGUAUGGGGUUGUGCAGGCGGAGUUCCAUUGA